CUGCAGAGCCUCGUUCAGUUUAAACUCUGUGGAUUAGAGGAGACAGACACAGAGAGAGGACUGGUUAUACUGUGAUGAAUGGGAUGAAGAGGACACUUUGCUGUGCUGAAGACAUGCAGACAGUCCUCGCCCCUCAUCCUGUUCGUGCUGCCUGCAUGGUGGACACAGGAAGGUGAAUGUGGAACCUUUGGCCGCUCCCUCGACGACGCCCUCUCACACCUUCUUCCUCAACUGGCCAGUAACCAAAUGUUUAAUGCGCAGGGAGGAGAAAGGAGGGGGGAGGAGGCAACAUGAAAGACUACAUUCCCUCCAUUACAUCGAAGGAAAAACAGGAAAUACCUUUCUCUAUCUGUCUUCCAUCAGUGCUCUGCUGCAGCUUCAAGGUCUCUCUCCCUGCCUCACUCAGCUCCAACAGAGAGGGUGCGUAACUCUCUCUUUUAAUUUGAUGGAAAGUAACAGUAAAUAUUUCUGAAGAUGGAAAAAGGAUACCCACCAAAUGAAUCAGCUCCACCAUACCCUGGGCCACCUUUGAACUAUGGGGCCCAAAUGCAACAUCAGCCAGGGAUGCAACCCCAGCCAGGGAUGCAACCCCAGCCAGGGAUGCAACCCCAGCCAGGGAUGUACCCUCAGCCGGGCUUCUCUCCUGCAGCGCCGCCACCUGCUGCAUACCAGGGAGGAGGUGUUCCUUUUGUUCCGGUCACAGCUGUACCCGUCACAACAGUGACUCACGUGAUUGUAGCACCUACACUACGUGACGUCCCAGGACAGAUUGGCUGUCCCCACUGCCAGCAGACAGUGAUCACCAGCACACAGCACGCAGCAGGCCUGAUGACCUGGCUCAUCUGUGGUGGCCUCGCCCUCUUGGGGUGUGUUUGUUGCUGUUUUAUCCCGUUCUGCGUUGAUUCCUGUCAAGAUGUGGAGCAUCGCUGUUCAAACUGCCACAAUGUCAUCUACGUAUACAAGCGAAUGUGAAACUGACUGUGAAUGAGGUAGAAGACCUCGAUGCUUAUGAUGUAGCCUCGCUUGCUCUAUAACAUUCUUUUGAUAAUGAUCAAAAUGAUAAUACAAAAUGCACUUAUUAUACUUAUCCUGUAUACUGACACUGUACACUGUCAUUUUGAGAUUUUUUUCACGCUAUAAGUUGAAUGUUAAUGAUGUAUGCAUUAUACUGUGGGGAGUUAUUAUAUGAUUAUACAAUCAGUAGAAUAUUUGUAAUUCAUUAAACAAUGGUUAUAAACCAACAAAUGGCAAUUAAAAAACAAACCCCUUUUUU